GCUCUGAUGCUUACCGAUCUGACCACACUGGCCGGAGAUGAUACCGCGGCAAAUGUCCGGAGACUUUGCCUGCGUGCCUGCUAUCCUUUCGAGCCGCAGUUCUUUGACAAAUUCUUUGACCGCGCCCUAAUCUCUGAGAUGCACACCGCAGCUGGCUGCGUUUAUCCGGCAAGAGUGAAGGACGCCUACCAAACCCUACAGCAAUACGACAAACUGGAUAAGGUUGCUAUUGCAGCAGUCGCCACAGGAUUCCCUACUGGUCAGUACGGCCUACAGACGCGCCUCCAGGAGAUAAGCCACGCCAUUCUGGCCGGAGCCACCGAGAUCGACAUUGUGAUCAACCGGCAACUAGCUUUGGUGGGAGACUGGGAAGGAGUCUACAACGAGGUGGUGCUCAUGCGUAGUGCCUGCGGCCAGCAGGCUCACCUCAAGACUAUCUUGGCAAUUGGUGAACUGGGCACAAUGGAGAAUGUCUAUAAAGCGGCCAUGGCUUGCAUGUUGGCUGGAGCAGAUUUCAUUAAGACCUCCACAGGCAAGGAGACCGUUAAUGCUACUCUCCCCGUCGGCCUGGUUAUGAUUUUUGCCAUACAGGAGUUCAAACGCCGCACUUGCCAGAUUGUUGGUCUCAAGCCAGCGGGAGGAGUGAGGACAGUUCGAGAUGCCAUUGCCUGGAUGACGCUUGUCAAUGAAACUCUUGGACCUCGCUGGUUGCAACCCGAACGAUUCCGCUUUGGGGCUUCCGGACUGCUGGACGAUAUCGAACGCGUGGUGCGCGAGGGAGUGGCCAGAAUGGAGGCCGAAGAGGCCCUCAAGAACCAGGUAGUUCCUGCCGAGGUUGCUGCUGCCGAAGGCUUCUGCAAGGAACUUAAGAAGAAGCAAAAGGAGGCAAAGUAACGAGCUCUUCUGUACCCACAACUCAUUGAAAUUGCAUAUAAUUGUAGCAUUUUUUUAAACCGACUUAACCUAGCAAAAAAUAAACUAAGUGUGACGUUUUUUGGUCAAAUCCUUGGUCUGCUCCUCGCCAUAAAUAAACUUGUGAGGUGUGGACCCGCA